CUUCCACUUCCAUCACCAUCAUGUGCUUCAAAGACCUUUUCUUCUCUCCCACCAGCUCUCGUUGCCGGCUGUGCAAACAAUCUCAUCGAAGAAGAUGCAACUACCCACUGACUCCGAAGAAUCUAAAAUGAAUACCAUUAUCAGCACCAAUACCAAGAUCCGCAUUAUUGCUGGCAAACUUUUCAAUUCGGAUACUCUAACUUUCUCAGAACAGCAAGUUAUCGUUGUCGAUGGGGAAUCUGGGUUGAUCAUUGACGUUCAUGGAUGGAGUCAGCAAGACGAGGAUGAGGCAUCUAUACCGACUGUUGACUUGAGGGGAAAGACGGUGCUUCCGGGUUUUGUGGAUGUUCAUGUUCAUAUGUUCCUUCACUCUUAUGCAGAGACGCCAUGGGAUGACCAACUCACGAAGGAGAGCCUCGCGGAAAGGACGAUUCGAGCAACGGUACAUGCGAAGAAGACAUUAAUGGUGGGGUUUACUACCGUUCGUGAUUUAGGUACUGAAGGUGCUGAAGACGCCGAUAUCGCGCUACGAAAGUCUCUAUCUGGACGGAAACCUUUGAUACCGGGUCCCAGGUACUUUUGCGCUAAUAGAGCGAUUGUUGCGUCGGGUAGUUAUGGCCCAAAAAGCACGAGUCAUCCUCAUCAAGAAGGUAUCGACGGUGUGACAGGGGCUGCAGUUGCUGACGGUGUCGAUGGGUGCAUUCGGGAGGUGCGAAAACAGAUUGGGACGGGUGCUGAUUGGGUGAAGGUGUACGCUGACUACAAACCACGUUCCCGAAUCGUAGGGGUCUCUCCUCGAGCAGGAACACGAGAUAUUUCUACCUUCAAUGAAGCUGAGCUUAAAGCAAUGAUCGAUACUGCUCACGCUUACGGAGUCAAGAUCGCUGCACACGCUCAAUCCCUUUCGUCUUUCAAAUCCCUUAUAUCCCUCGGAAUUGACUCCAUUGAACAUUCAGUGGUCAGCUACGGAUCCCAAACUGCCUCACUCGCGAUCGAAGACCUAUUCUCCACCUGGAUGAACGAAUCCAGCAGAGGUGUCGUCAAAUCCCCGUUUUGGAUUCCCACUCUUGCGGUAUACUAUAAAAUGGCCCAAUUCGCAGGCGACAAAGACCCGCAGAGGAACGUGGCAUGGGAUAGGGCUUCGAAUAUGUUCAGGCAAGCCUUGUCAAUUGGGUUUGAUAGGAUCGCAUGUGGAGGUGACACAGGCGCGUUUUCGCACGGAGAGAACGCGCUUGAGAUGAAGUUGAUGGUUCGUUUGGGGGCUGAUGUUAAAAAGGUUCUCGGAUGGGCGACUUUGAGUGGGUGGGAGUGUGUGAGAGGGAUGGAUUGGGAGAUGUCGGUGAUGGAAGCGGACGGUCAAGGUGGAGCUAACGACGUUCGAUUUGGAUGUAUCAAACCUGGGUGGGCGGCUGACAUUGUUGCGGUUGGUCGUGAUAUUGAGAAGGACUUUGAGAGUGCUUUGGAUUCUGUGGAAUUUGUGAUGAAGGAAGGCAGGAUUUAUAAAUGGAAGGGUACUCUGGAGGAUUUGAAUCACGUAUCGGACUUUAUCUAUAACGACUAGUCAUAUUACUUGUUUGGUUUACAUAAGAUACGUACAAAUUAUUAUCUAGUUAAGAGGAA